UCCUCAUCUUCAGUCUCCAGUGAAGCUCUGGUCCUGAGUACUAUCAACACUCUCCGUAAUUCCAGAGAGUCACAGCUCAGUGAAUCAGUGCAGGUGGUGAAUGUCACCUAUGAGAAAAUCUCAGAAACCUCCUAUGCUGUAAUCUUUGAGUUUAAUGUAAGUAAUAUCAGCAAGCCAGAGAACCCUGAGCUAAGAAACAGCCUUUACAUGCAAGUGCAAGAUGUCGUCAAUAAUGCGCUGAACACACUUCUGAAUGAACCCAGCAGUCCAAUUGUACAACCCAAAUCAUCCAAAUUCACGAGCUCUUCAAAACAGAUUGAUGGCAGGAUGGACUACACCUUCCAGGAUGGAGAUGCCAUACAACCAGUCAGCUUCCUAAAUGAGCUUCGAUCACAGUCUGAACUGACCCAUACUACAAUGUUUCCAGACACAAUAACCAAUUUCCCUUUGACUUCUUCAAGCCUAAUAUCUGGUACAGCGGUGGUCAUAAGCAAGCUGGUGUUCAACUCCUCAUCUCCAGUCCCCAGUGAAGCUCUGGUCCUCAGCGCCAUCAACACUCUCCGUAAUUCCAGAGAGUCACAGCUCAGUGAAUCAGUGCAGGUGGUGAAUGUCACCUAUGAGAAAAUCACGGCAACCUCCUAUGCUGUCAUCUUUAAGUUUAAUUUGAGUAAUAUCAGCAUGUCAAAAGAUCCUGAGCUAAGAAAUGGCACAUACCUACAAGCUCAGGGUGUCGUCAAUAAUGCGCUGAACAGUCUUCUGAAUGAACCUGGCCAGCAAGUCUUCAAACCAAAAUCCUCCAACUUCACGAGCACUUCAAACCAGAUUGAUGGCAGGAUGGAAUACAUCUUCCAGGAUGGAGAUGCCAUACAACCAGCCAGCUUCCUAAAUGAGCUACGUCUUCCUUCAAACCUCAUACCUGGUUCAGCGGUGGUCACAAGCAAGCUGGUGUUCAACUCCUCAUCUCCAGUCCCCAGUGAAGCUCUGGUCCUCAGCGCCAUCAACACUCUCCGUAAUUCUAGAGAGUCACAGCUGAAUGAAUCAGUGCAGGUGGUGAAUGUCACCUAUGAGAAAAUCACGGCAACCUCCUAUGCUGUCAUCUUUAAGUUUAAUUUGAGUAAUAUCAGCAUGUCAAAAGAUCCUGAGCUAAGAAAUGGCACAUACCUACAAGCUCAGGGUGUCGUCAAUAAUGCGCUGAACAGUCUUCUGAAUGAACCUGGCAGAACAACUUUAAAUCCCAAGUCGACCAACUUCAUAAGCACAUCAAACCAGAUUGAUGGCAGCAUGGACUACAUCUUCCAGGAUGGAGAUGCCAUACAACCAGUCAGCUUCCUAAAUGAGCUUCGAUCACAGUCUGAACUGACCCAUACUACAAUGUUUCCAGACACAAUAACCAAUUUCCCUUUGACUUCUUCAAGCCUAAUAUCUGGUACAGCGGUGGUCACAAGCAAGCUGGUGUUCAACUCCUCAUCUCCAGUCCCCAGUGAAGCUCUGGUCCUCAGCGCCAUCAACACUCUCCGUAAUUCUAGAGAGUCACAGCUGAAUGAAUCAGUGCAGGUGGUGAAUGUCACCUAUGAGAAAAUCACGACAACCUCCUAUGCUGUCAUCUUUAAGUUUAAUUUGAGUAAUAUCAGCAUGUCAAAAGAUCCUGAGCUAAGAAAUGGCACAUACCUACAAGCUCAGGGUGUCGUCAAUAAUGCGCUGAACAGUCUUCUGAAUGAACCUGGCAGAACAACUUUAAAUCCCAAGUCGACCAACUUCAUAAGCACAUCAAACCAAAUUGAUGGCAGGAUGGACUACAUCUUCCAGGAUGGAGAUGCCAUACAACCAGUCAGCUUCCUAAAUGAGCUUCGUUCACCGACAGUCGUAACAACAGGCAGUACUCUGACAACUACUCCACAGAUAGUGCUUGGCAGAGCACUUAUAUUCAUUCGCCUCGUGUUUGUCACACUGGGCCCCCUGCCAAAUCCAGAUAAAGUUCUUGAGGUGGCCAACACUCUGAUGAAAACACGUCUCACAGCUAAACAAGACACCACAACACAAGACCUGAGUGAUCCUGUGAGCUUUGUCAAUGUCACAUAUACGAAAAUAAACGAGACCGCCUAUGCUCUCAACUUUGGAUUUGAAAUCAGCAAUAUAACCAUGACUGAGAAACUUGAACUCAGGAAUGGUACCCACCUGUUAAUACAAGACUCUAUAAACACAUUGCUGGGCAAGAUCCUCCUCAGUAACUCCUCAGCUCCUGUCAUUAAGUUCCAAGCAGCAGAUUUCACGGGUAAUUCCACUGUGAUUCAGGCCAAAGUAGAGUAUGUUUUCUCACCAAGUGACAUCAAGCAACCCAGCAUCUUUGUUCAGGAACUUCUCCAACUCGCCGAAGCGGACACUCUGACAACAACUUCACCACCGAUCUUGAGUAGGAGGGCAAUUAUUAGGAUUCGUCUCGAGUUUAUCACACUGGGCCCAAGACCAAGUGAGAAUAGUGUUCUGGAGUUGGUUAAAUCUAUACUGGCCGCAAAUGUCACAACUAAACUAACUGCCAGAACAGUAAGCGUGAGUGAACCUGUGACCUUGGCGAAUGUCAUCUAUUUGGCAAUUAAUGACACUGCCUACGCACUCAUCUUUGCAUUUGAAAUCAGCAAAGUAUCACUGACAGAGUUAAGAAGGAAUGAAACCUAUCAAGUAAUCCAAAAGAAGAUAAAUGACUUGGUGAUCCAGAUCCUAAAGGACCCCUCAGUUAAUCUGCUCAUUCCAGCCAAUUUCAAGGAUGAUCUCACCGUGAUUGAGGCCAAUGUUACGUAUGUUUUCUCACAAUAUGGCAGCAACACGGCCUCCGGUUUCUUGGUCACUGCCCUUUUCACAGCUUUUACCACACCAGUUCCAACCACCAUGAUCACUACAAUCUCAAACAACAGUACAAACGUAGCAUGGAUUGUGGCUAUCAUUGUCCCCUGCGCUAUUGUCAUCGGGCUCAUACCUUGCUGGAUUCUCCUUUGCUGUUUGCUGUGUGGUUGCUGUGCAGCAAUCAGAAGACGCUGGCACAGAAGACGGUCGUACAAUGUACAGUACACAACUCGAAACAGCCUCUUCUAGAGAGUUCAGAGAUAUUUGACAAAAACAGGACUGGCCACCAAUGAUAACAUAAAAAUUAUGGUUUUUGGAUAUUCAAAAUGCAAUUCAAUGCUGCCUCUUUAAUAGUAAUGAAAGUACUAUGUUAAUGCUUAUAUUAUAAAUUAUUUAUUUUAUUAUGCCUGUAUUGCUAGACAAACAAGUUCUCUAUAAAAUGUUCCUAAAUGUGAUGUUUUAAUUCUUCCUAUAGUGUAUAAUGAAAUUGUAUUGUUCUUAUUUAUUUGUAUUUAUUGUAAUAUUCUGUUCAUCGUUUACAAUUAAUUAGCUUUUGCAAAUCAUUAGUCUGCUUGACAUAACGCAGUUUCAUUUAAAGGGUCUAAGGUGGAACUUUGGAAUUACAGCUAUUAUUUAUUCAUACUCCAUGCCCUUUAUAAUGUAAAGCAAAGGUAAAGCAAGCUCAUGAUGUAAAGGAAAUGUAAAGCAAAUUUAUGCAAGUAUUUGGCAUGAACAUGUUAAACUGCAAAAAACUGUAAUAAAAAUACUAGAUUAAUAAAGAAUACAGAACAAUA